GCUAUGUGAUGCUGUUACUGCCAUUUCAUCAGCGGAUUUUCACAAACAUCUCCAUCUUUAAACAUGAAAUUGCUAUGAAAUUAAACCAUCGACAAGUUGUAAGGACGGCCGUUAGCCAAUUUUACAUCAAACUUGCCAUCACAGUAACAGUUCCCUGUGUAGAAUAAAAUAAUACAAAAGGAUACUAGGACAAGGCCUAUUUGCGUAUCACUGCUUGGGGUAAAACAGUGUUUGACUAGGCCUCCUGAGAUCACUGUUUCCGAGAGCAUCUUCGAUAUACGAGAUUUCUCAAGAACAUGGGAUUUGCUAUUUACAGCCGUUGAUCGCUCAUCUAACAAGAUUCUAUGAGAGAUGGAAGCGAUAUGGCUGUACCAGUUUCGACUCAUCGUCAUUGGGGACUCGACAGUAGGAAAGUCGUGCCUGAUCCGGCGAUUCACAGAGGGACGCUUUGCGCAUGUGUCCGACCCCACAGUCGGUGUAGACUUCUUCUCACGCCUAGUGGAGAUAGAACCAGGCAAACGCAUUAAACUUCAAAUCUGGGACACAGCCGGACAAGAGCGAUUCAGGUCUAUUACCAGGGCUUAUUACCGUAACUCUGUUGGGGGGCUGCUGCUGUUCGACAUCACCAACCGUCGCUCCUUCCAGAAUGUGCAUGAGUGGCUGGAGGAGGCCCGGAGUCACGUCCAGCCUCACAGCAUCGUAUUUCUGUUGGUGGGCCACAAGUGCGACCUGGAGCCCCAGAGGCAGGUGAGCCAGCAAGAGGCGGAGAAGCUGGCAGGUACCUAUGGUAUGCGCUACGUGGAGACAUCAGCUCGCGACGCCAUCAACGUGGAAAAGGCCUUCACUGAGCUAACGCGGGACAUCUUUGAGCUCGUGAAGAGCGGUGACAUCAACAUCCAGGAGGGUUGGGAGGGGGUGAAGAGUGGCUUGGUGCCCAACGUGGUGCACUCCUCAGAAGAGGUCACCAAGAGUGGCCGGCGGUGCCUCUGCUGAUUAGCCUGUCUGUCUAGUUGGCUUCACUCAACCCAGCCCAUGCAGUCCUGUUACAUUAUGUCCCACUAGCUCGCAAUCUUGUCACAUAUAUAUAUCUCUCUCACUCCCAUUCUGAGUACUGGAAGGCCAUUCCCGCUCUAGUCUACCACUGAAUAAAACAUGAAUACAGCUACUUUCCACAGUAACCUUCCUGGCGUCUCUGUCUUACCUGUUACAGGCACUUGAAAGACAAGAAAUGGCCUGUUUUAUGAUUUCAUUGUCCUCCCUGUAUUUAUGCUUCAUCUUGUGCCCCACAGAAGGAACACACCUCAAACUUUACACGUCUGUUCUGUGUUCUGGAGUCUGGGGAACUCACACAACUAUCGGGGGGGGGGAGGGUGUUCAAUACAGGGGGAAACACCAAAUCUAUCACAGCUUAUUCCACCUUGGCUAUGGAAAGAACCAGAAAGCGUGUGUUGUAUUACUGGCUGUGUGCAAUGCUUCCUGCUUUUGGUGCGAGACUGAUGACACCCCCAGACACAUGAACAACCAAGAACACAAUAGUGUAUUGCCAUCAUCCUUUUCAUCACAGAUGGAACCAAAGCUUGCGUGGACUGAAUCAGUUCUACAUGAGUAUCAACAGGGAAUUUGCACAGUUGAGUGUUGGGUAGGCUGCACUGUGCGAUGCCUAACAUCAAUGUUUUUCAUUUGCCGUUUUCUUCAUCGUUGCUCAUAUUAAAUGCACAGUUGGGGACACAA